AUGGCCGCUUCCCCCGUUCAAAACCCCGCAGUACAAACCGAAUCCAAGUCGGCCAAGAAGAAGAAGGCCAAGGUCGCUGAGCGCACCGAGUCUCCUGCUCCUACUGCCUCACCCGUCCCCGAGAAGGCUGACGGCUCCGAUGAGUCCGGCGAGACAGCCUACAUUCGUGAGAUCCAGAAGAACAUCCGCAACACCAACAAGAAGCUUACCAACGCCUCCAAGAUCGACAACCUGAUCGCCGAGAACCCCGGCAAGUCCCUCGAUGACCUUGUCGCUUCCCGCACUAUCAAUGCCGACCAGAAGGCCCAAUACUUGAAGAAGCCCGCUCUGCAGGCCCAGAUCAGCCAGUACGAGGAGCAGCUUGCCCAGUAUAAGAAGAUCGACCAGGAAUACCGCGCCCGCGCUGUCAGCGAGAAGGCCGAGCUGGAGAAGUCUUUCGCCGAAAAGCUGGAGAAGGAGAAGGCCGCUGCCGUCGCCGAGGCCAAGGCCCAGUUGGAGGCCCAGUUGGAAGGUGACUCCAUCAACAGCAAGCUCCUCACCUUGUCGCAGUUUCUCCGUCUUGCGGCUGCGCGCCGCUCUGAGGAUGCAGACCCCAAUGUCGAGGAGAACCGCGCCCUCGAAGGUGUUCUGCUUGCCAUCUACACGGGUGACGAACAUGCUGUAGCCACCAUGCUGAAGCUGAUCGACGGCACCGACGAGCAAACGUACAGCGUCAAUGGCGAACCGCUCCAGACGACUUUCGGCCACGUCAAGGCUGCCUCAAAGGCCUACAAGUCUCCCUAUGAGGAGGUCACUACUGAGGCUGAGACUGCCGCCGCCGCCGAGGUUGUCACAGACCCCACCAUUGCCAACGCCACUGUCAACGAGAUCGAGGCCGAGAAUACCGCCGUCGUCAAUGGCCAGAACGAACAGGCCUCCGAGACCCCCAGCAACGCCAACAUCACCAGCGGUUCUGGCAACGCUGCAGGCGAGAAGUGGGACCAGGCAACCGAUAACAACAUGUCGCUGUCCCAGGAAUGGGUUUCCAUCCCCCGCGACCCUGCCGAGACCGAGACCGGCGUCGACGCCACCCCGGCCGCUGUCUCUAACACCCAGUCUUGGGCUGACGACCAGCCCGACCACCACGAGGCCCAGGCCGAUACCACCACCGCUGCCGCCGACCCUAACGAUGGUUUCCACCAGGUCCAGGGCCGCAACCGUGGACGCGGCGACCGUGAAGGAAGCUACCGUGGACGUGGUCGUGGCGAAUGGCGCGGCCGUGGACGCGGCGAGGGCCGUGGUGGCCGUGGACGCGGGGGCCAGCGAGGCGGCUCCAUCUCCCAGCGGGGACCUCGCCGGACCGAAGAGUCGUAG